CGAAAACCCAACCAAUCAGAAAGCCUCUUACACCAACGGCAUCCAACACCAACACUCAAAACGCCGCUUACGGACUUAAUUGCAGCGUCCACCUCCCUUAAAGAGGGCUGUACCAUCCCUGAACCGCAGAGCAGAUUUUUGACUGUCGAUUCCUAUCUCUCUCAAUUCACCAUGGCUCUCGGAACUGUUCUCCCGACUUGGCCGGCCCUAGUGUUCACCUAUCUGGAGCCUGUAGCGCUAAUUAUGGGCUGGCACUCAGCCACCUUUGACCCUCAAUCCUUCGUCCUCAAGCAAGUCCCCACCACCACCCCCUCAUCUCUCACACCCGUCUCCGCCUCCGCCCUCUGCCUCUCUUACGCCGCUGGCAACGUCUACCUCCUUCUCGGCCUCAUUGCCAUCCUCUGCACCGCCAUUACCCACGAAGCCCGUGUUGCAAAGUACUAUCUGUUCUUCGUUGCGCUGGGCGACCUGGGACAUAUAUAUGCAAGCUACCGGGCCAUGGGACCCGAGAUAUUCUGGGACUUCUCAGGGUAUAAUGAUAUGAUGUGGGGGAAUAUUGGUGGCAGUGCGUUUUUGCACGUUAAUCGGUUGGCUACGAUUCUGGGGGUUUUCGGGAGGUUAGGUCCAAGGGCUUGAGGUAGGUUACUGAUGGUUUGUGCAUAUGAGGAGUCAUCCAUUGGGUGGCUCGUACAUGGCACAUUAAACGACUGUCGUUGUAUACAUCUGCAAGGGAAUCGAAAUACAUGUAACGCCACUAAGGAAUGGUACCUAGAGUUCCACAGCUCUCUAAUCCCCAGAGCAAUUCAC